AUGAACAGGACUCAGCUGAAGCGCUCCAGUAUCCUGAGGAUGGCUCUGGCCGGCACGGACACCAUAGAUCAGGGGGAACAUGGAGAGACGUUCAUCCUCCGGGCUGUAAAGAUAGCAGCUGUGGUCGCUUUGUACUGGUUUGUCUCAAUAACUAUGGUGUUUCUGAAUAAUUACCUGCUGGAUAACAGAGACUUGGACGCACCCUUGUUCGUCACAUUUUACCAGUGUUUGGUGACUGUGGGUCUGUGCUGGGUUAUGCAGCUGCUGGCUCAACUGUGCCCGGGAUUCAUCGACUUCCCGGCGGUCAGGUUUGACACGAAGACGUCCAGAGAGGUCCUCCCUCUGUCCAUGGUGUUCAUCUGCAUGAUCACCUUCAACAACCUGUGCCUGAAGUAUGUCGGAGUGGCCUUUUACACAGUGGGACGUUCACUCAGCACAGUGUUUAAUGUGCUGUUAUCUUUUGUGAUCCUGAAACAAACCACGUCUCUUCAGGCUAUUCUGUGCUGUGGAGUUAUACUAGGUAAGCCAUUUCCUUAUUCAAUUAAGCAGCCUUAACUGUCUUGGAUGCAUUUCUAUUGGCUUGUCACAGCGAGUUCACCCUCCUUGUGCCAAUAAAAGUAACCUGUUAAGUGCCUUCUUGUAAUGGAUAACAUAUUAAAUGCACUCUCUGGAGCUCUUCCUGGGGAUAAAAUGUGACAAAAUGGCCUCUGGAUGUCUAUUUGGGAGAGGGAAACAUUUCCAAAAGUGCCAUCCGGAUGUGCUUCCAGUAACCAAAAUAGAAAAAGGGUGCCCUCAGAGAUGCCCUUUGAAGGGAUAUGCUAGCGUAAUAUUAAUUUAGGGUCAAACGCACCGUAACACCGAGUUAGACACCCCCUCGAGAGAUGAAUGUUGCCAACUGCUUGCUUCUCUUGUUAUACCAACUUUAGUAUCGACCACAGGAUAGCAAUACACAGCGGUCUGGGGAGCCAUAAACAAACCUCAACCAAAAAGCCACUCUAUAGCCACAAAUAAUGCUCAGAACAGCACCAAAGCAGUACAUAUAGGGUCCCAGCCAUAGUACUAGCCACCAAACAUCCUUUUACCUUUGCCUCAUUUCUUUAGCGAAGACACUGAACACAACUCACCUACUCUCCUCCAGCAGCUGCCAGUCCAUUACGGACUGCUGCAGGGUGACGCAGCUCAAGGAAGAACAUUUAUGAUCAUUCCUUUAUCAUUUCCUUGAAGUAAUAUUACCAUAUUAAUCAUUUUGCACUGCAGACGCGGUAGUUCUUCUGCCUUAGUGUCUCGGUCUGAUUGCAUUUCCAUGAAGAAAUGACCAUAAUUUUUCUUACUUGAACUGCGUCACCCCGCUGCUAAUGUAAAACCUUCUGUCAGCAUACAUGCCGAAAUUUAAAGCAGUUCUCCAUCAGAUAUGCUGAUACUACAUUAUAUACAAGGCUGUCUGCAAGGUUUUGGCAACCUGGCUGCAGGGAUUUAUUCCCUUAAACCACUCCAGCUUGGCAGCGGUGGGUACUGUUGAUGGGAGGUAAGGCCUGGCAGUCCGGUUAAUUCCAUAAAUAUUGGAUGAGGUUAAGGUCAGGACUCAAAGAACAUGAUUUUUUCAACAGACCUGGCUCGGUGCACAAGGUCAACCUCUGAAACUAUUCUGGACAGUAUCACUGUGUGCAGGAGCAGGAAACAGACCAGGGAUGCUGCUGUUUAAGCCGAAAUAUAAAACCACAGAGGACUGAUCUAUAAAGUACAUUUCAGCAACAGUGCAGGUCAAAGUUCAAACAAGACACCACACAAAUCAUCACAAAAGUCAGAAAAAUCAAACUGGAAGAAGAUGUAUAAAAAUCAUGUAAUGACUGCAUUUGGAAAUUAUUGAAAUAAACCAUUAAAAUCAAAGCAAUGGCAAAUAAAAAACCAGGAGGGUUAAAUGUGUGAGUUUUGAGAAGUUAAUUGUUCAGUGUUGUGUAUUUAAAUAAUAAUCCAAUAACAGGCAGCUGUAAACAGGUGAUCAUGUGAGUUUGUUUCUGAUUUUUGGAUCACAAAAACUGAAAGCUGCUUCUCCAUGUUUGGUUCUGACUCUGACCUGUUUCAGAUGACCUGAGCAGCCUGGUUGAGAAGCUAAUACAUGUAUUUUGGCCUUAAACCAUUUAGUGAUUUAUAGAAUGAGCUGCAGGUGAUUUUUCAAGGACAACAACAAUAAGACUGACUAAUUCUGUUUGUCAGUCAUUUUUGAAUUUUUACCACCUUUACAUCAGACAAGGUGAUUCGCAGCGUGUCACUAUAAAGAUAGAGGACAAGAUCAGAAGAGAGACUUGAGGAGCUGCUUUGUUGUAAGGAUUGAAAUAAAAUGACAGUUCUUCACACAACGCUUGCACCAAAGACCUCAACCAUGAAAAAUAACAUAAAAAACUGAAAAGAAAGAGAAAAGAAUAGAGACAGAAUAUUUGAAACUUUUGCAGACAAUCUCAUAUUACAUUGGUUUGUAAUAUUUGAGUCAUUUUUUGAAAGUUCUCAUUUAGGGUUUUUUUUUUUGCGAUAUGGUCUUAAACUUUUAAACAGCUGAUGAACAGCCUAUUUCAGUUUAAUGGUUGUUUGCAUUAAAUUGCUUACUCAAUUUUUUUGUCUCACUCCCAUUUCUUAUUUUUGUAUUUUGAAGCUGUAUUUAGAACUUUCUGAAGAUCCAACAGUGCAAAAUGUAAAAUUUUUUUUUCAAUUUUUCAACUGGUCUUAAAAUUUUGAUGAGGACUGUAUAUUAGUUAUUUUUACCCUCAUAUAGGGCUGGGCAGUAAAGGCUAAAUCAUAAAUUAAUUUCUUUAACAACAACAAAAACAAAAAGUAUGAUUUAUGAUUUCCAUACAUUUUUCUUUUCCUCCUGAAAAUAAAACUACAAAUGACAAAAACAUGACACUAAACACUGUGGUUUGUCCAAGAUCUGAUGCAGCAAAUUGACUGAUGAGACUUGGCCUUUUUUGGAAUAACUCCUCACUCACGCUAGCAGCCAUGUUGUUGCUGUCACGGGGGGAGGAUAGGGGGUCGUAAAUGAUGAGAAUUAUUCAGUUAAAUUGAUUUAUUGCUCAACCUUACCCUUAAAUACUCAGUGUUCAUCAGCUAAACAUAGCAAAUUAGUUUCAGAUACUAUCAUAACUUCUCUUUUUUCUAAUUGUAUUAUCUAAUAUAAACAGUUGAAUUUAUGAUGUGAUGAUAUAGUUUUAAAAUGUGGCCAUGAUUUGGAUUUCCAAACUUAUAACCAGACAUUUUCAACAUUUCUGUCUCUUAUUAAUUGAUUAGCCUCUAAUUUGAAUUACCCUUAUUGAAUCAGAAAAUGAUUUGUUGCAGAGUGUAGAGAAAAAGCUAUUUAGAUAUGUCAUUGCUGGACUGCAGAUGACAGGAACUUGAUUGUUUUAGUGGUAACUACUCUUGAAUUGUUAAGUCUCAAUAAUCAAUCUUCUGUCUGUGCCUCUCAGGUGGUUUCUGGCUUGGCGUCGAUCAGGAGGGUGUGGCAGGCUCCCUCUCCUGGACAGGGGUCUUCUUUGGAGUGCUUGCCAGCGCUUUUGUCUCUCUUAACGCCAUCUACACUAAGAAGGUGAUGCCAGCCGUCGAUGGAAACAUCUGGAAACUCUCCUACUACAACAACAUUAACGCCUGCGUCCUCUUCCUCCCACUCAUCCUGAUAUUCGGAGAGUUCAGCCGACUCGGGACUUUCAGCCGUCUCACUGAGAUCAGUUUCUGGGGCAUGAUGACACUGGGAGGAGUGUUUGGUUUUGCCAUCGGUUAUGUCACAGGCCUGCAGAUCAAGUUUACCAGUCCACUAACUCAUAACGUCUCAGGGACUGCAAAGGCCUGUGCUCAGACUGUAAUUGCAGUAGUGUACAACUCCUCCAGUAAGAGCAUGCUGUGGUGGACCAGUAACUUGAUGGUUCUCGUGGGCUCUUCAGCCUACACUUGGGUUAAAAGUUUAGAGAUGAAGAAGACUCCCGUUAAAGAAACUCAGGACUCAUUAAAGGAGAAACUGCUGCCAGAGAAAGGUGACCUGGGAGUGUAA